GAUCUUGAAACCCGGGUCCCCUUGACGUGCAACCACGACCCCAUGAGGAACGGGCUUCGAACCUUGAGGGACGGGAUCGUGGACUACGGUCCUGUGGAGCAGCUACAAAAGCAGUGGGAGGCGGACCAAGACUCUGGCAGGUAUGAAACGCUGAGGAAUCUGUACGGCUCCGCCCUGCCUGCGAGGAUGCACAUCGAGAAGCAGCUGUUGGAAAGGAAUCAACGCUUGCCCCCGCUUGCAAGCUCCAACAUUGCGUCUGAGGCUUAUUUUGGCAAGCUUGAAGAGUUCACCAUCGAGUCAUUCAUGGGGCUUCCCGAUCAAUCGGUGGUCACUCCGACUGACACACACUCACAGAUGGAGGCAGCUCUUGGCAUGGGCACGAAGCCCUGCACGCGAGGGAUUCAAUAG